CCACGCUGUGGCGGAUGUGUGCAAGCGCGGACCCUAUUGGCCGUAUGUGGAAUUAGCGGGGCUGGACUCGCUAUCGCUUCCAUUAAGCGGAGCCUUCGCGAUCCGGCCGUGCAUUUCGCCGUGGAGCCGCGUCGCUAUUUGGCUGCUUCACAGCAAUAAAGUGCCAGUGUGGAGUACCGCGCAGGGAGACAUAGGCGACAGCUGUUUUCUGGUACUUUUCCAUUCUUCUAGAUUUCAUAAGGCUAUUAUUUUUCUUUAUUUUGUUUGGGUUUUCACGUGAAUGGGAUACUCUGUGCGAUACAGGCUAGGGAAUUUGGGGGCAGACCGAGUCCGCUGCGACCACUGUGCUCUGAAAAUACUUCGAGGAAAGUGAUAUCGCUAUUUACCAACUUCGGACAAGCUGAGAUUUGGAGUCGGCAAGCAGUGGAUUGUUUUCUGGAUGAGCCAUUGAAAAUUGCUUUGCAUUUUUGCUAUCAGGAUUUUGUUUGACGCACUUCCAUUACCGACUUUUCUUAUCGACGCCUGAAAGGUAAUCACGGUGCGGGGAGUUUCGCCUCGGCUUUCCUUGUUUUGAGCUGUCCCAGAAAUGGUGGGGCACUUACACUUGCAAGCUAUGGAUGACAGUCUGAAAGGAAAGAACCGGGAGGGCUUGCUCGACAGUCCGGAUUCCGGACUGCCCCCGAGCCCCAGCCCGCCUUUCUACUCGUUGUCCCCGGCUCUGGUGGAGCCGCGCCCCGGGAGCUGCGCUACACCCACCGAUCAACAUGGACAAUGGAGGAGAGAAAGCAGAGAGGGAAAGCUGUUUGUCCCUCCACAGCUACCAUACCUGCUGCUGAAUUCCACGGGGGCAGAUGCCAAGAGCCGCUUGUACCCUAUGGUGUUUGGAGAGAGCAUUGAGGUCAAUCCUGAGCCGGAGCAGGAGAUCAGGUGCAGCACAGAGGUUCGCUACGACUCGGACAGGCGCUUCCGCGACCAGGUGUACUGUGCACCGGUUCCGACAGUGACGGGCUACAGUGAGACAGUGGUGGCACUGCGUGAUCGCACGUGGCGGAGCUACAAGUCAGAGGUGCAAUUGGAGCCGCGCCAGCGGCCGCUGCACUACCAGAGUGUCACCAUCGUGUUCCCCAAGCACGCCAAGCGGACGUACCGCACGACGCUGCACUACAAUGCCACCGCCGCCAGCCGCCGCUUCAUCGCCAGUGUGCAACUGCGCUCCAGAGAGGACAACAGCCCCUGCAUUAUCUACACUGAGGACCUUUAAAUCCACCCAUUCCGGCCCAGGCCAGGUCCCGCCCCGCCCCGCCCCCACAGAGUGCCUUGCGGGCUGGUGGUAGGGCGGAUAGACGUCAGAGGGGCCUGGCGGACGGCCCUGCUGUCUGGGGAAACACAGAUGACUGGAGUCAACAGACCCACGGUGUCUGUCUCUGCAGACAAGUGAGCGCAUUUGACCGCAUGCAUGAGUCUGCAUGUUUCUGCACUAUUCCCUCAGACGUCUAUUGCUCUGUCCUCCCAUCCAGGUUUAUUAUCUUACCUUUUCAUUUGAUGAGUUAUUGCUUUAACCUCUGCAUCGUAGUGUAGUGUUCUUUCUCUGAUGUGUUUUUCAAGGUCAGUUCCUUUUCCGAUGAACCUUUCAGGUCCACAGCUACUUAGCCAUAGC